AUGGCUCUACAGCAUUUUUCCGAACAAAACUCCUCUGCUUUAAGCAAUAUACUCCCCGAACAAAUGGCGGCUCACUCCCCGGAGCACCACCACCAGCCGCCUACGUGGCUGAACAGCGCUAUUCUCCGCCAGCAGAGUCAAUUCUCAUCCACCGGCAACGAGAAUUUCCUCAAUCUGCAAACAAACUCUGACUCCACUGCAGAGCCGUCGCAGGUUUCGAAUAAUCAGUGGUUUUCACGGUCAGUUUUGCAUCGAAAUGUCAGUGACGUGAGGGAUGAUGUUCAGGUGUCCAGUGAUUCGAUGAUCGGCGCCUCAAUUUCUCAUGAAUCCACUGAUUUAAGCAACCACCACAAUAAUAACACUCACUCUGGCAGAAAUGAAAACAGAGAGUUAACGGAGGGCGGCAGCGGCGGUGGUGAAGGAGUAAUUAAUUGGCAAAAUUCGAGGUACAAAGCAGAGAUUUUGUCGCAUCCUUUGUAUGAGCAGCUCUUGUCUGCACAUGUGGCUUGCUUGCGAAUCGCGACGCCGGUGGAUCAGCUCCCGAGGAUCGAAGCUAAGCUUGAACAGUCACAGCAAGUGGUCGCUAAAUACUCCGCGCUUCAACAUGGAAAUCACGGCGAUGAUAAAGAGCUUGAUCAGUUUAUGACACAUUAUGUCUUGUUAUUAUGUUCAUUUAAAGAACAACUUCAGCAGCAUGUGCGUGUUCACGCAAUGGAAGCAGUUAUGGGUUGCUGGCAGAUUGAGCAAUCAUUACAAAGCAUAACAGGAGUUUCUGCAGGAGAAGGAACAGGUGCUACAAUGUCUGAUGACGAUGAGGACCAGGUAGAAAGUGAUGUGAAUAUGUUUGAUGGAACUGGAAGUGUAGAUGGUACUGACAGUAUGGGAUUUGGUCCUAUGAUCCCAACAGAGACUGAAAGGUCAUUAAUGGAGCGUGUAAGGCAGGAGCUAAAGCAUGAGUUGAAACAGGGUUACAAAGAAAAGAUUGUGGACAUUAGGGAGGAAAUUUUACGCAAGAGAAGGGCAGGAAAGCUCCCUGGUGAUACUACCUCAACGCUAAAGGCUUGGUGGCAAUCACAUUCAAAGUGGCCAUACCCUACCGAGGAAGAUAAGGCAAUAUUGGUGCAAGAAACAGGCUUGCAACUGAAACAGAUAAAUAACUGGUUCAUCAAUCAAAGGAAGAGGAACUGGCAUAGUACUCCUUCCUCCUCCACAUCCUUGAAAAGCAAACACAAAAAGGUGAAAACAGGGACGAUCAUUUCACGUAAUUGA